AUGAAUCAAAACUACUCUCUACUGAAGGAGGAGGCAGAGCGAGCACACCGUGCUGAAAUACGAUUAGAUCAGGUGGUACAGGAACUUCGAAAGGCACAAGCGGCACUGAGCUUGCAGUCUUCAUUGUCUUCUGUGGAGCAACAUUGCACCUCGCUUGAAGAGCGAUGGUAUGCUGCGAAGGAUCAACGCACAGCAUCUCAAUGCCAUGCGGAGGAGUUUUGCAAGAAGAUUCAACAAGACAUAAGGGAGAAGUUGGAGGCAUCAGGUCUUUUGCCUCCAAGUCACAUUGAAGCUCGAGUGAAAGAAGACACUCAGGCACUAGAGCACGUGGAGCUUCCGGCUUUGGCCAGGGAAGCGGAGGAGAAGAUCUACGAAACGAACUCACUCCAAACAGCGGCCAUUGCAGAUUUGAGAGCGGAGCAGCAACGUCAGCAUGGGUGUGUGGUGAAUUUGACUGAGCAGCUUGAGAAGAAUCGAGCUUUGACAUUGAAGAAGGUCUCAAAGAUCUCUGGCACGGCAAAAGAGAAGGUCUUGGAGAAUUGGUCUUCCACCGAAAAGACUCUGCAAAAUGUCAAUGACGUCUUCAGUGAAAUGCUUGAAGCUACCAGGUGCACCGUCGGCUCUGUGGACUCGUCGGCCAGCUCUGCUCAGCAGCGAUUCGCCGAACGCGUGGCAUCGUUGAGGCAAAGCUUGGCCCAGCAGCGGAGCCUUCUAGAGCAAAGUGCCAAGAAGACCUCUGAAGCGUUGAGCGCGGCCCAAAGCGCCGUCACCGAGCAGCACAGGUUGUCCGAGGAGUCGAUGGCAGGAGCCCUCGAAGCAGUAGAACAGCUGCAGCAGAUGCAUGUGGAAGUCCUCAUGCAAGUGAAGCAAGAAACCAGCCAAAGUGCUGACAAAAUGCAGGCUGCGACAUCUUCGGUCAGCCAAGCUCUAGAUUCCAAUCGGCAGCAGACUGCAGAUGCCACAGAGCAACAGCAGCAACAAUGGGAUUCAGUUGCCGAUGCCUUCCAAAAACACGCUGAAGCAGAAGAUGCCAUGAUCCAAACGGCCAAGACAGAAUCGGAAAGGAUAGAGCAGGCCUCAGUGGAACGUAUCGCUGGAUGCGCGGAGCGCACUGCAGAAGCACAAGGCCGUGCACUUGGUGGCGUUCAGGCACUUCGCAAAGGUGCUGCCACUGCGCUCCAAAAGCAGUGUACAGAGGUCAACGACUUUAUUGAGGGCAGCAAGGCCAGCAUCCUGGACCAAGAGCUCCCUCAGAGGUCGAGAAUCCCAGAGAUUCCACUUCCACCCCUGCCAAGCGAGGAGCAAGUCCUUUCAGAGUUCCAGAGCAGUCGCCAGCCCAUGAGCGCUGGUUUGAUCCAAAGUGUGACGAGUGCGUUGCGAAAUGCCAAGCAAUCGUUGAGCCCUGUGCAACUAACUAGCAUCCAAGAAGCCAUGCAACUGUUGGAUCUGCCUUUGGAGGAGAAGCCUGUUUGGGGCAGUUCUGCCACGAGAGGUCUUUUCUUGGUAUUUGAGGGUCUUGAUCGCAGUGGCAAGUCCACCCAAAGCAAGAAACUCGAAGAAUAUUUGUCAAAGGUGGGACCUGGCCCAGUGAAAUGGAUGUGCUUCCCAAACCGGAAGACGCCCAUUGGCAGCGCCAUUGAUCUUUACUUACGGAGGCAACUGGAGCUUCCAGAUGAAGCGGUUCAUCGACUUUUCAGUGCCAAUCGCUGGGAGAUGGCUAAAUCCAUUGUCGAGGACCUUCGUGCUGGUACCACUAUCAUUUGCGACCGCUACGCCUUCUCUGGGGUAGCGUAUUCUGCGGCAAAAGGUUUGGACUUUUCCUGGUGUCAAGCUCCAGACCGAGGGCUUCCAUGUCCAGAUGGAGUUUUCUUUCUGCACAUCGACGAAAAGGUUGGCGCCUCGCGAUCAAACUUUGGUGACGAGCGUUACGAGAAUGCAGACAUGCAGGCUACUGUUCGCACUCAGUUCAAGGAUGCUCGACUUCGAGCACAAGUGAACUGGAGAGAUGUGGAUGGAGCACGGGACAUGGAGGUGAUUCACGCGGAGAUUCGAACAGCUGUGGAAGCAAUCCGACAGGAGGAUCAGGAGAAUCGACAGCGCCCAAUCCAGCGCCUGUGGAUCAAGUGA